AUGACGAACGACGUGGCAGGUGCGACGUUCAUGGCUGCUGCUACUUCCGCCCCGGAGCUUUUCGUUAACGUGAUCGGUACUUUUAUCACGGAGGGAGAUAUCGGCGUCGGCACCAUCGUAGGCUCAGCAGUUUUUAACAUCCUUGCUGUAGCUGCAUGUUGCGGUAUAGGAGCUGGAAUGGUGGUACCGCUGGAUUGGUGGCCUUUAACACGGGAUUGCCUCGCCUAUGGCAUCACCGUCUCUAUACUUAUAUGCAUUAUGCAUGAUGAGUAUGUCCUAUGGUACGAGGCGUUUUUCCUGGUCUUGCUCUACGGAGUUUAUAUUUGCAUUAUGUACUACGACAAAUCAAUACAAACUUUUGCAAGAGGAAGUUGGAAAUAUUUUUCAACUGUAUUCAAGAAAACUGAUAAUGAAGAGAAACAAGACAAUAUUAUAAAUGUUGAUAAUGAAAUAAAAGAUGUUAAAUGUCCUUCAUCAACAAAUAAAAAUGAUUUACCUAUGGAUCAUCGUCAACAUAAUGGAAAUAUAAAAGGUGCACUAUCUCUUUACCCAGAUGUAAAUGAGAAAUGUGGUGAAAAUAUAACACAAGCAGACAAAGUGAUGGAUGAAGAGAAAAAUAAAAAUGUCAACUUAGAGAUUGAAUUUAAAAAUAACGAGGUAGAUGUCACAAACACAGAAGACAAUAUUGUUUCUAUUACUGAAGAUGAGAAAGAAGCAGUGGAUGUUUAUGAACAUUCAUUGUGGAAAUGGCCUAGUGGUAGAAGUUGUUUCACCAAGACUACUUGGAUCGUAACUUGGCCUAUACAUUUGGUUUUCUUAUUCACGAUACCAGACUGUGAGAAACCACGAUUUAAGAACUGGUUUCCACUUACAUUUAUGAUGUGCAUUGUUUGGAUAGGUUCACUAUCAUAUAUAGUGGCUUGGAUGAUUACUAUUAUUGGUGAUACAUUGAUGAUACCAGAUUCAGUAAUGGGUAUUACCUUCCUAGCUGCCGGUACUUCAGUACCGGAAGCAGUUUCUAGCGUUAUCGUAGCUAAACAAGGGCAUGGAUCAAUGGGUAUCAGUAAUUCGAUUGGAUCAAAUACAUUUGACAUUCUACUAUGCCUUGGAUUGCCAUGGCUUAUCAAGGCAUCGCUUACUCCAGCGGAAUCAGGACAUUAUUGGGUGAAAAUAAAUUCUAUGGGGUUGGAGUAUUCCGCGAUAUCACUGCUGUCAACUUUGCUACUAUUAUAUCUGACGUUCUGGUUCAAUAAAUUCAAGUUGGAUGCGGCAGUGGGGCGGGCGUGCCUAGCCAUGUACGCCAUGUUUUUGGUGCUAGCCACUCUCAUUGAGCUCAACGUUUUCUUCCCAGUCAAUAUGCGUACGUGCAAGAGAAUCGAACUAAAAUCUUAGGCUAGUGACUGGACUUAAGGGUAUGAAGAGAAACUGUGAAAACUGGCGAACUGUUGUGCCUCUAGUAAACUGUUUUGAAUCAUGUGUGCUGGCAAGCGGGUGACUAUGAGAUGUAACUGCAACAAGAACAUGAUAGUUUUUUUUAUGUGUUAACUCAUGAUGAUGUUUUAUACUUUAUUUGUUCAUUGGAAUAUAUUUUUAAUAAUGGUUAAUAUUAAAAUGUCAUGUUAAUAUAUAUGAUGUUAAAGUAAACGUUAUUUAGAUUUGAACAUAGAUAAUUAUGUUUUUUUGCAAAUAUUUUACACUAUUGUUUAAAAUCGUUAAAUGUAUAAUUGACAGUAUACCAAUGAGUUAAUUUCAUGAAUGUUUUGCUCUACUAAUGUGUCUAUGUUUUUAAUGUCUUUGCUAUGUUUAGUUUAUAACAAAUAACAGAUCUGAUUUCACGUCUCGGUUGACGAAUUGUUGUACAUAAUUAUACGAUAUAAUGUAACAGUGUUUUAAGAGUAAUUAAAUAAAUAUAGAUUUUUAUUUCCAUAGUUGUUUUAUUUUUGUCUUAACACAUGAACCUAAUACUAGUGGAGUUACAUCAUAUUCUCCUUAGUAGUUAUAGUAGCUCUAUUCUGUGACUGUCU